AUGCUUUUUAACUUAAGGCAUUUUGACAUAUAUGCGGACAACUUUUGUACGAUCCAUAAGUUUUGGUGUGCUCUUUGCAUUUCACCCACUUUUAACUUGUUAAAAUCAAUUGGAUUGGGUACAACCCUCUCUGAUCCCACUGUGCGAGUUGAGUCUGGAAAAUCAUCGUCUUCAAUCGCACCCGUCGGUUUAGACGAAGAAAGCGAUGAUAAGAAGAAUGUUGUCGUAAAACUUUGGAAUAAUGGCUUCAGCUUGGACGAUGGACCGCUUCGACUUUACACUGACCCUUCAUCGGUCCAAUUCAUGGGUGCAAUUCGGGCGGGCCUCAUUCCUACUGUAAGUUUCCUUUUAUAA